AAGUUCUAACUACUCAAGCGAUUAUCAUCACAUAGAAAUGUGUGGAAUGUGGCAUUUUAAUUCAUGUGGCUCCACCGGUUGCUUGUGAUCCACAGCUAGACCUCUAGAUUAAGUCCAAGAGAGAGUGGAUGAUGUUUGGGUAAGAAGCUCACAUGAUUGUUGAACAGACUCUGUGGAUGUCUCAUGACAGUCAGCAAGAGAGGUCAGUCGUGUGAAUGGAGAGGGAACAUGCGUAGGGUGGUAAGCUUUUACUCGUUGACUAAAUACGUUUUUCCAACCCCAUUGAAGCCGUCUGCAGAGGAAUCACAAGGUAUUUUACUUCACUUGAUUUACGUAAUGGGCAUUCCCAACAAGAACACAAAAAUGCUUGUUAAAACUACAUUUUUCAUAACCUUUAUAUUUCCACAAACACCAAUGUUCCCUUAAUCUGAUAGCCAUUUGCAAUUACAUUUACUAUGUUUUGUUGGUUCUGUCUUGCACCUCUUGUAAACCAGGACUCAGGAGGAAGAGAAGACCAUAUACAGCUCAUUAACUUUGUCACGUGCUUACAACUGACUCCACCAGUGGCCUUUGGCAACAAAGUCUGGGGGGGGGGGGGAAAGCAAGGCUUACUUGUAUUAACCCAGACAAACUGCCACCUUCUUUUCUUCUCAGCUCAGCUCACAUUGUGAAUUCUAGUCUUGAGCUUUAUCGCUCAGCUAUGCAGUAGGAAUUAAGAUUUUCAACACCGAGAUCCAUGACUCUCCUAACCGAGGACCAGCCUUGCAGGUUCUCUGCACCGGACAGCCCGCUCACAUUAAUUGAGCACUACCCGGUGGACUCGGGACAGAAAGAGGACUAUUUGGACAGUAUGGAACCAGCUGUGUUUGGAGUGGUGGAGCCUCCCAAGCGCUCAAGAGGAAGGCUUAUCAUGCAUGGCAUGGUCAUGUUCGGAAGGGAAUUCUGCUACGCUGUUGAGGCGGCAUUUGUCACGCCGGUGUUGCUGAGUGUGGGACUUCCCAAACGCCUGUACAGCCUGGUGUGGCUCAUCAGCCCUAUUUUGGGGUUUAUCCUACAGCCUGUCAUUGGCUCGGCAAGCGACUACUGCAGGUCGCCAUGGGGCCGAAGGCGACCGUACAUACUCUUACUGGGGAUUAUGAUGUUAGUGGGCCUGACUUUAUUUCUAAAUGGAGAUGCUGUUACAUCAGCUAUACUAGAGAAUAGAAAUAUUAAAAGGACAUGGGCCAUCGUGGUGGUUAUGUUUGGAGUGGUGAUGUUUGACUUUGCUGCGGACUUCAUUGACGGACCCAUUAAAGCCUAUUUGUUUGAUGUGUGUUCUCAUAAGGAUAAGGAGCGAGGUCUUCAUUAUCAUGCCUUACUAACAGGUCUAGGUGGAGCCUUUGGAUACCUGAUUGGAGCCAUGGACUGGGGUCACUCUGCUCUUGGAUUUGCACUGGGUUCAGAGUACCAAGUUAUCUACUUUUUCUCAUCUCUUACCUGGGGCAUUUUUCUCACCAUGCACCUUUUCAGCAUCCCAGAGAAACCAUUAAUUAAAGAUCAUGAUUCAGACUGCCAGUACAGUACAAGUACAACUGCCUCACUGCUCCCGGAAGGCCCACAUCAUAAUGGCUAUGGCACGGUACACGUAGAAUUGCCACCUCUGCCUGAAAUGAGGCAGCGCUCGUUCUCUGCCCUGAGUGAAGCCAAUGCAGUAACGCCCAGUGCCAAGCAGCCUAACAGUGAGGGACAGAAGAGGUUGAGCCUGAAAUCUCUGCUGUCAGCUAUGAUCAGCAUGCCCAGCCAUUACCGCUGUCUAUGUGUGGCUCAUCUGUUGGGAUGGACAGCCUUCCUGUGCAACAUGCUGUUCUUCACUGACUUUAUGGGGCAGAUUGUAUAUAAGGGGAACCCAUAUGCUGAACACAAUUCUACCUCCUAUGUGACGUAUGAGAGAGGGGUUGAAGUGGGCUGCUGGGGCCUGUGCAUCAACGCCGUCUCCUCUGCACUUUAUUCAUAUGUGCAGAGGCUGCUCCUGCCAUAUAUUGGCCUGAAGGGACUGUACUUCCUUGGCUACUUUGUGUUUGGUUUGGGAACCGGCUUGAUCGGCCUAUUUCCAAACAUUGUAGCCACACUGACGCUGUGCAGUGUGUUUGGAGUCAUGUCCAGCACUCUUUACACCAUCCCAUUCAACCUCAUCUCAGAGUACCACAAGGAGGAAGAGGAGCGAAGAAAAUUGAGCAGUGAUGAAGCAGCUCUUGAGAGCCGUGGGACUGGCAUGGACUGCGCAGCUCUUACCUGCAUGGUGCAGCUGGCUCAGGUCAUAGUGGGAGCUGGACUGGGAGCCCUGGUCAAUCUAGCAGGAAGUGUGAUUGUGGUGGUGCUCUCUGCCUCAACAGUAUCCCUAAUUGGCUGCCUCUUUAUUGCACUCUUCAUGUGAUGUAAGCCUCAAAUAAAUAACCUUUCUCUA